AUGUCCUUAGUGAGUUUUCAGUCCAUGGCUGAUGAAGAUGCCAGGAAGUUCUCUGGUUCUGCUUGGAAGGGCAGCUGCGUGUCUCUUCCCUAUACUCAGCAGGCUCCUGUCCUUGCUGGCUCAGGCUGCCCCCCACCUUGCCAGGGCUCUCUGGUAGAGGUUGCACUCGGCGAGCUGCGGCUGCUGCUGCACUGGGAGAACAAGGGCUCCACCUACUGGAACUGUUCAGUUCAGUUGCUCAGUCAUGUCCGACUCGACCCCAUGAAUCCCAGCACACCAGGCCUCAAACCCAUGUCCAUCGAGUCGGUGAUGCCAUCCAGCCAUCUCAUCCUCUGUCAUCCCCUUCUCUUCCUGCCCCCAAUCCCUCCCAGCAUCAGGGUCUUUUCCAAUGAGUCAACUCUUCACAUGAGGUGGCCAAACUACUGUACCAGGCUCCCUUAUUGUCGUCUUCCUCCCCUGUGUCCAUCGUCAGUGGGGCUUGGUCAGGCUGGGAGAGGCUACGGGAUGCUCCUCCCAGAGCAGGCCGGGCUGUGUUCCCUUGCCAGCCUACCGUCCUGUGCGUCUCCUCAGGUGAGGAUCCUGCACAUUUCCUCCUAA